CGGUUGGUUUAAUGAAAAAAAUCUGGGGAAUUAUGAUUAAAUUUUAUUAUUAUAAACAAAGACUGUUUCAAUUGUUUAAUAAUGCAUUAUGUUCCGAAAAUUGCUGCAUAUAGGAUUUGGUUGUCAAACAAGUGAAAUUUCAGUGAGAAAUGUCAGCAAAUGUUGAAACGAUCAAACACGGUAACGGCGCCUGCCUAUCAAAUUUCAGCCAGUACGAAUUUCUGAAAUUCUUCAAUUCGUUUGACACCGUCGUGACCGACUGCGAAGGGGUUCUGUGGGUGGACAACCACCCGAUUCCUGGAUCGGUGGACGUCAUCAACCUACUGAGACUGCUAAGAAAACGCAUAUUUUUCAUAUCGAACAACUCGACGAAGCUUCGCGAGGACCUGGCCAACAAAGCCAACCGCAUGGAGUACAACGUGUCGACCGACAGCAUCAUUUCCACCGGCUAUCUCAUCGGACGUUACUUGAACUUCGCCAAUUUCAAACACCGCGUCUACCUGAUCGGCUCCAAGGGUCUGGCCAAAGAGCUGGAGUCGGCCCACAUCAGUACCGUCGGCACCGGCCCGGACGUCGGAAUGGAAGGCCCGUUGGCGGAGACUCUGAACACCAUACAACUGGAGAACGAAGUCGGUGCGGUCAUCGUGGGUUUCGACGAGCACUUCUCGUACGCGAAAAUGUUGAAGGCCGCCUCCUACUUGAACCAGAAGAACUGCAUCUUCCUUGCGACCAACACCACCCCCGGAUUUAACGUGAGUUCCGGACUGGUCAUUCCGGGCACGGGGAGCAUCCUGAGGGCGGUCGAGUGUGCGUCGGGUAAAGAGGCGAUCGUUAUCGGCAAACCGGACACUUUCCUUGCCGAAUGUCUGGCGAGGGACUUCAAUAUCGAUUUGAAGAGGACGCUGUUGAUAGGAGACAGGCUCGACACGGACAUACUGCAGGGUUCGCGAUGCGGCUUUCAGACUCUCUUGGUGCUUACCGGCGCCACCAAAUACGACGUGAUGUUAAAGACGCUAAGGUCCAAAAAGGGAACCAAAGAUUGCGCACCAGAUUAUUAUCUUAAUUCGUUGGGAGAUAUGUUGCCAUUUCUUUAUAAUAUUGCAAGCAAAGUAUAGUUUACAUGUUGUUGUUGAAAUAAUACAGUUGUUUGUGUAUAUUUAUGUUGCGUUAAGAUUUAAGAUCAAUUAAAUGGAACA